GAAUCCAAUUUCGGCGGGGAUUUGAAUGCUGUUCGACAACAAUUCUACCAACUGUUUGAUUUGCUCGAAGUUCUCGAUCCGACGUUCAGUGACUAUCUGGAAUCGACCAAUGCUAAAGAUAUGCCCUUCUGUUUCCGAUGGUUACUAAUCCAAUUCAAACGGGAAUUCUCCUACUCAGAUGUGAUGGUCCUGUGGGAAGCGUUCUGGAGUGAACAUUUGACACAAAAUUUCCACAUUUUUGUCGCUGCGACCAUACUCCUAAUGAAUAAACAGAACAUUAUGGAUCGGAAGCUGGAUGCAAACAGUAUCCUCAAGCUGGUCAAUGAUAUGUCAAACAAAAUACCACUUGAACCGACCCUGAUCGCUGCCACUCAAUAUGUCGAUCAGCUGAACACGGUCCUCGCUCAACUGCCCAAAUCCGUUCAGGAGCUGAUCAGCGGUCCUUCAUUGUCCACGUCGGUCCAUACCAUUCGACGGAAAAUGGGCGAAAAUUCGGACGACAGUUCAUCCCAUCUGGAUUACACGUCCGGAUUGUUGAAUGAGGAAUUGGAGGAUUUGAUGGACACCGAACCGCGAAACAGCUCCCUGAUGGUUCCUCUGCCCUAA